AUGGCAAUGUCCGUGAAGAAACUUAUGGCCAAUAUGGACUACUACGUUAACAAAAUGGGGUUUGAUCCUUUGGUUAUUGCAGCUCGACCUAUAUUACUGGCCUUCAGCUUGGAUAAGAGGAUUAUGCCUCGAGAUGCUGUUCUGUGUGUCUUGUUGUCAAAAGGGUUGAUCGAAUCUAGGGCCUCGGUUCAGGCACUGGCAAUUACAAAUGAGGGGUUCCAGAAGAAGUUUUUGGACCCUUAUAAAGAGCAGGCUCCUGAACUGUUACAGUUGUUUCAGGAGAAACUCAGAACUUGUUGA